CUCUAUCUCCGAUCUCCUCGAUCCUAGACUCGCGAUUCACAGGCCCUUCUGUUGUUUAUGCCCUGUCAUUGAAGCCUCUUUCGGUUUCACUUACCUCAUAGAGGACUGAGAUUCGCAUAGCAAUUAACCGUGAUUCGUUCUACGUCCUCGGUUCCCCGGCCUCGUUCAGUUGGCAGCCCGCCUCACCGAAUCUCAGGUUGACGGGCGCCGGGCAUGGCGCGCUACGACCGCGCGAUCACGGUGUUUUCCCCGGACGGGCACCUGUUCCAGGUGGAGUACGCCACGGAGGCCGUGUCCAAGGGCACCACGGCCGUCGGCGUGCGCGGCACGGACACGCUCGUGCUGGGCGUCGAGAAGAAGUCCACGGCCAAGCUGCAGGACGCGCGCACGGUGCGCAAGAUCCACCGCCUGGAUUCGCACGUGGCUCUGGCGUUCGCGGGGCUGACGGCGGAUGCACGCGUGCUGGUGAACCGCGCGCGUGUGGAGUGCCAGAGCCACCGUCUCACGGUGGAGGACCCUGUCACUGUGGAGUACAUCGCGCGCCACAUCGCCGGCGUGCAGCAGCGUUACACGCAGAGUGGAGGAGUGCGUCCCUUCGGCAUCUCGACGCUGAUCAUCGGGUUUGACCCGCACACAGGCCGCCCCUCGCUGUUCCAGACGGAGCCAGCGGGCACGUUCACAGAGUGGAAGGCGAACGCCACGGGGCGCAACAGCAAGACAGUGAGGGAGUACCUGGAGAAGAACUACGUCGAGUCCGAUGGCGACAACACCGUCAAACUCGCCGUAAAGGCCUUGCUCGAGGUGGUGGAGAGUGGCGGCAAGAACAUCGAGGUGGCGGUGAUGACGCGCGACAAGGGGCUGCGCAUCAUGGCGGAGAGCGAAGUGGAGACCAUUGUGGCCGGCAUCGAGGCGGAGAAGGCUGCAGCGGAGGAGGCCAAGAAGGCAGGCAGAGGAGAGCGGACUGCAUCGUAGGACAGCACGGCAAGAUGGCGGGUGCUGCAGGCCGGGAGGUGCAUGGGGUGGGGUAGCUUAUGAUGUCAAUGGGUGUGCACUGGUGUAGCCACCAACGUGCAGAACCGGUAUGAAUGAUGUUUGUCUUUGCAGCACAGUGUGUGCAAGUUUUCUUCACUACCUUCCAUACAAACUUGUUC